AGAACGCCAAAUUUAAAUCUUGCAACUCCAAAAAGAAUUAAAAAAAAAUGAGGCAAGAAUUAAAUGAACUAUUAAUAAAUUCAUAAAAUGAAUGAAUAUCGCACAAGAAAUCAAAGCUCAUCAAUAUUUGGUCAAAGCAGUUUUGAACAAAAUGAUUCUAAAAAAAUCUUACAUGGAACUCUUUCUCCAAAAAAAUCUGCUCCAAGAUGUGUUCCCAAACUUGUCAUGGAUUCUUUGCUUAAUGAUAAUGACUUAACAUAUACCAAAGUUCAUAAAGAUAGUUUUGUGAAAGACACAUCUGUUAGUCACCAUGGAGGCUGGCAGGUUAACCAAACUAUUCAAACAAAAAAUUCACUUUCAAAGCAUGCUGAUGUUCCUGAUCUUGAGUUAAAUUUAUCUCAUAGCAACGAUGCAUUAGCAAGCCUUUCCAUAGCUGCUAAAAAAGUAAAAGAUGAUAUGUCAAAUGAUCGCAAAAAUCAACUUAAAGAUGAGAAGGAAAGAAAAAUCUGGCAGAGUAGUUUAAACUUUGUAGACAAAGCUGUGUUCAAUGAUCAACUUGAUAGAUUCAAGAUUGAAGAAGAAAAACCAUCUAUAGAAUUUCCAAAGUUUGGGUUUAAUAACAAAUUUGAUCCACGACAAAAGAGACAGCAAGAUAUUUAUCAAUCACGGUCGAUUUUACAAAAUUCAGAAAAUAGUGAUGUUUUGAACCGGUUAAGUUUCAGCGCUAGAAUAAUAUCUACAGAUGGUCAAAAUUCUCGAAGAGAAAUUAAUGGUGUGUUCUUUGUAUCAGAUAAGUCCCUCACAAUGUAUGAGUUUAGACAAUUUGGUAAUAGAUCAAAUGCACUUCCCUUUAUACAGCGUGGUUGUUAUCAUCAUUUAAAAGGUUAUUACAAAGGUGAAAUGUACUGUCUUUUUGAUAUAUGCCCUGGUAAUGAUCUUUUGUUUGAAACAUCUCAACAUGCAACAUUACCUGACUCAAUGAAAAAAAAGGCUUUUGCUGUUUUUCGUAUAACAGAUGUUGAUGCAGCAUGCAAAAAUAAAUAUUUGUAUGAUGGUAAAAAAAGAGAUGAAGUUGAACAAAUUAUGACAGCAUAUAAAAUGAAAUUUCAUGAAGAGAAGAAAAUUGUUUCUAAAAUUGCUUCAAACAUCUGUAAACAGUUAAAAACACGUGCCACUAAAACUCUAGUUAAUAUAUACCAUCAUUUUAAGUUGGUAGACAAGCAACAUGUGGGUCUUUUAAAUCAUGAUGAAGUGAAAACAGUUUUAUCUAAAUACAGAAUUAUUAUAGAUGAUGAGCAAUUUGAAGAGAUCUGGGCAUUAAUUGACAAAUACCAAGAUAACAGAAUAGAUUUUUUAGACUUUUCAAGAAGUUUUAUUGGUGAAAUGUCAGAAAUAAGAAAGUUUUGGGUUCGAAAAGCCUUUUCUAAAAUUGAUGCUAAUCGUACUGGAUGUGGAAAAUUAAGUGACAUCCGAAAAUUUUAUUUAGCUAAGCAGACAUCUGUGCUAAAAGAAUCAGAUUUAGUAGAUGAAUUAACUCAAGGUUCCCAAGACUACAAACCUCCUAAAGAUUACAACAAUGAAUACAUUACAUACACGCUUUUUGAAGCAUAUUACGAAGGAGUGAGCCUGGGAAUUGACUCGGACGAUGAGUUCAUAGCAUUAGUUCGUAAUUGUUGGACAAUUUAAUAUUUUGUGUUUGUGACGUAAUUAAUUUUUAAAUAUGUAUAUAUAUAUAUAUAUAUACACUGGUACCAUUUGUAAAUAGUAUUGAUAAUUUUUAUCUAAUUAAAUUUAUUGAAAAUAU